AUCAAGUGUGUGUGUGUGUGUGUUGGCAACAGUGUCCGGCAGCUGAGGCGGAAGACAGGACUGGAGUGGUGUGGCGUGUGGGCGGCGUGAUUCCCCGUAGUUUAUUUCGUGUGUCGUCCAGCCAGCAGCACCAUGUCGCGGGGGGAGCCUGACCAGGAGCUGAAGAAGGCCUUCCUGGAGCUGCAGGGGAAAAUGCAGGAGACAAACCAGAAGUUGCGGAUUGCUGACGUGCAAGUGGAGAGCCUCAAGAAGCAGAUUGUUCAUGCGCAGCUCACAGACAAAGAGAUACAGAGCUUGGGCGACAGCACAAGAGUCUACGAGAGUGUGGGCCGCAUGUUCUUGCUCACCGACAUACCAAUGGUGAGGGAGAACCUGAAGGCCAAGGUUGGUAAGUGCAAUGAGAAGAUCACCAACCUGCAGAGCAACAAGGAGUACCUGGAGCGCAGUAUGCAGGAGAGCCAGGACAACUUGAGGGAGAUGAUCAAGUUGAAGCAGUCUGUCGGGGUAAUCUAACUCACAUUUUUUUUUCCCCCCCUAUUUUAAGUUGCCGCCACAAUGUCCGUUUUUCUUUUUUUCUUUCCUUUUUAUGUGCAGGUCUGUAUCACCAAUCGGCUAUCUUCUUAGUCUUGAAAUGUACUGCCAAUCAGUGUUAGUGGCACAUGCUGAAUUUUAAGUGAUGUAUUUUUCACGUUCUGCUUGGCCCAUACUACCUGCUGCUGCUCCCCUUGACAGAAGUUACAGAAAUUUGGCUGAUGGAAUAAGGGAGCAUGUGGGUUGUGUUCUCAAUUGCCUGUGUAGGUCAGGAGAUAUGGGAUCUAUUGAGACGUGUUGGUAUGUAUGUGCUUGUCUGGUCAGAUCACCACAUACUCCAUGCUACCUACUAUGCUUACUUGUGACCCUCAGUUCUUGUUUUCUUCAUUAACUUAAUUACUGAAAUGUGUUACUGUCCUGACACCUGUACUGCUACUACCAUUAUCAAGCACUUUGUUUACCUCUAGAAACCUCUUUCUGUGUAUUCUUAUGCUCUUGUUAAUAAAUAAUGAGUAAUAGCUUUAAAAAUUUCUUUAAA